AUGUCAGAGAACAACAAUGUUCCCCCUCACGCCGCCGCCCGCGCCCGCACCAAACUGCGGCUCCUGUGCGAGCGCCUCGUGCGGGAGGCGCAGCAGAAGGCGCAGCUGCGUCGGGGCGGAGGGCGCCGCGCCGAGCCCCCGGAGUGCCAAGGGUGCCAGUGCCAACGGCUGGCGGCGGCGCCUGGCCCCCGCCCUCGCGCCCGCCCUCGUGCUCGCCGCGCCGCCCUCCUGGCCUCGCGGGCGGCGCCCCUGCACGGCCUCCGCGCCGACCUCGUCAGCUCCCGCUGCCUCGUGCGCAACAACUACUUCGUGAUGGAGGCGACGCGCCUGCGGACGGACUGCGGGCGGGUGUGCGCGGGCGUGCGCGCGGCGGUGGAGCUGGGCGCCAACGUCUCGCGGGCGGCCUUCGCGGAGUGGGCGUACCGCUCGCGCCCGCUGGUGGUGCGCCAGGCGGCCGCCCGCUGGCCCGCCCUCGACCGCCUGUCGCUCGCCUUCUUCAGGAGCGUCUACGACAGCGUGGAGGGCGCCUACGAGGCCGUGGCCGACGAGUGCCAGUUCCUGCCCUUCCGCUCCGAGUUCGUGGACCUGCGCGACGCCCUGGCCAUGCACCCCGCCCGCGCCGCCCGCGCCCCCGGCACGCGCCCCUGGUACUUCGGAUGGCGCCUAACGGUGAGCAGGGACACAUGCUGA